UAUGAUUAAACCCCAAUGUUCAAGGCAGUAAAUCUGGUAUUGACUUUUCUGGGAUGAGGUUGUCCAUAAAUAGCUCCUCUUUUUAAGCAUAAAGUAGACUAAGACAAAGCAACUAUUGAAUUAUUACUCUAUUAUUAACAACCCAAUCCUUUCUAUUGCUCUCUCUCUCUCUCUCUCUCUCUAGCUCUUUCAAUUACUCCGAUGGAUGAUGAGUUUGUCCAUCGCACAUUAUCAGGCCACCUCCAUGCGCCCCUUCUUAACGGGCACAAGCAAAAUGACGACGUCGAACACCAACCAACAACCACCAUCGUCAAUGCCGGUGGCGCCACCUCCUUCGUCAAAACCUGCUUCAAUGGACUCAACGCUCUUUCAGGAGUUGGAAUUCUAUCCGUUCCAUACGCCCUCGCGUCAGGUGGAUGGCUAAGCUUAUUACUCCUAUUUGUGAUCGCUCUCGCCACGUUUUAUACGGGGUUGCUAAUCCAACGGUGCAUGGAUGCAAAAUCGGAUAUAAGAACCUAUCCGGAGGUUGGAGAGCUUGCAUUUGGAAACAAUGGGAAGAUAGUAGUAUCGGUUUUCAUGUAUGUGGAGCUAUACUUAGUUGCCACAGGAUUUCUAAUUCUUGAAGGCGAUAACUUGAACAACAUGUUCCCCGACGUCGGGUUCGAACUUUUUGGCUUAAGAAUUGCGGGCCAAGCGUUCUUUGUUUUGGUUGUUGCCCUCAUUAUCUUGCCGUCGGUUUGGCUUGACAACUUGAGUCUUCUCUCUUUUGUGUCUGCGAGUGGGGUUCUUGCAUCCGCCAUUAUCAUCGGGUCGGUAUUCUGGUGUGGUGCUUUUGAUGGAAUUGGAUUCAAACACAAAGGAACAACUCUCAUAAACUGGAAAGGGAUUCCAAAUUCCAUCAGCUUAUUUGCGUUUUGUUACUGUGCUCAUCCGGUGUUUCCAACAUUGUAUACUUCCAUGAAGAACAAACGACAAUUCUCCAAUGUUCUAACUUUCUGCUUCAUCAUUUGUACAUUUUGUUAUGCCUCAAUGGCUGUAAUGGGAUAUGCAAUGUUUGGCUCAGACAUUCAAUCACAAAUAACCUUAAAUCUUCCAACAGGAAAAAUCAGCUCAUUGAUUGCUAUCUACACAACGUUAGUAAACCCCAUUUGUAAAUAUGCAUUAAUGACUGUUCCAAUUGUCACUGCCAUUAAGAAUCGCUUUACAUCGAACUACAACACAAAGCCCUUGACUAUGUUAAUUAGUACCACCUUGUUAGUCAGCAAUGUCAUUGUAGCUCUGGCGAUUCCCUUCUUCGGCUCUUUGAUGUCACUCGUCGGAGCAUUUCUCAGCGUCACCGCUUCGAUUAUACUUCCAUGCGUGUGUUACUUGAAGAUUUCGGGCAAUUACAAGAAGCCUUUUGGAUUCGAGACAAUCAUAAUAAGUAGUAUCAUAAUGGUAGGUGUUGUUGUUGCCAUAGUUGGCACGUAUGUAGCUCUUGCAGAAAUUGUAGGACAAAUGUAAUUAAUUUGUUUGUUCAUGUAGAAUCUUUUUAUAUGUAUUAAUUAGAUAAAUAUGAGGUUCCACAAAAGUAGUUGAUGUAUCUUUUAA